GCCUAAAUUUGCGUGACUACUAAAAGUACCGCUGCUCUCGUUCUCGUGCAGCCGCAAGUUUGGUUCUCGCGUGGUUCUCGUGUUGGCCGUCGGUGCGCGUCGCUCUUACUAGCGAGGCCUGAAGUGUCUGGCGUGUUAUGUGGUGGAGACAUUAAUGCUACAUAGGCUGAUAUCACUCAUGAGUAUUUGUACACUUGACGUCAAGAACUACUGAGCGUCACGGAUAGUUACUGUCGCGAACCUAACGCUUUCGUGCCUGAAGCGAUUCAGCGGAGUUGCGGAGAUUAGCGAUCGAAAAGUAGCCCGAUUUUGCCAGUCGUAGCGCUUAUAUCGCGAAAAUUAGGCUCAGUGUGGAGCAGACAUGUUCAAGUGCCUGCUUAUAACGAAUAAGUCGGGAAAUAUUCUUCUAGAAAGAUUCCACGGGCUGUCAGCGGAUGAGCGAGGCCAGUGGCGGGCGUUUCUGUUCAAGCUGGGCCACGAUAACCUCAUGACUGCAGUGCCUGAGGAACAAUUCGUGGCCUGUUACAACAACACCUACGUGGUCUACACCGCCAUUGCUGACAUCCACAUAUACCUUAUUGGGGAUGACGAAUACGAUGAGCUGGCAUUGUCUGAGAUCCUCACGAUGAUUCUUGACUUGCUGCGAGCAGCCUGUAAGCGCACGCCAACCCAGGCCGCCCUGCUGGACCGGUACGGCAAGGUUUGUCUGUGUCUGGACGAGGUGAUAGCGCAGGGGAGAGUGGAGCACAUGGAGGUGGAUCGCAUCCUUCGUCUCACACGGCUGAAGCCCCUGGAUGCUACUUAAAGCAAUUCUGCACUCACACCUACAUGAAUACUAGGAUGGUGAUUGGCAGGGUGGAGCGCAUAGAGGUGGGUCGUAUCUUGUGCCUCACACGGCUAUGCAUGGAUGGAGUGAAGGUGCAGUGCAGGGUGGAGGAGCAGAUCAGAUCAGAGCAGAUCAGAGCAGAUCAGAUCGGAUCAGAUCAGAGCAGAUCAGAUCGGAUCAGAUCAGAGCAGAUCAGAUCUGAUCAGGUGGAAUACGGUACUCAUGCCCUUGUGUCUCACCCUAAUCAGAACCUCUGGAGCAGAUCAGAGCAGCUUUAGAAGCAUUGUGAGCUGGUAACAGCCGUAUUGCUACAAGCCCACACUAGAGGGCUCAUUCUUCAGCAUGGGACAGGACCCAUCUUGCAGACAGGUGACAACAAAGCUACCCCUGCACUCGGAUUGGUCCAGUUCAUACCCGUCAUCAUCCAGCUUAGCCCCUCGUGGCACUGCCUUACCAUCAGCCAUAAC